UGUUGUGAAGUAUUUCAUUUUUCCAUUUGCCAAAGUGAUUCAAUGCUUCAGGGUUACAGGGCUCAUGUGGGCAGCCCUUCGAAGUAGUUUGCUACCUCGUUUACGUUCAUUGACUCUAAUGAGUAUAAUACUAUAACCAUUGAGUUCUGUAAGACCUCAAUUAGGUCUUAUAUAAGGUCUUAUAUAAGGUCUUACAUAAGGUCUUAUACAAUCAGGUCUUAUAUAAGGUCUUAUAUAACUCAAUGACUAUAACUUUUUACCAGGCUCCUAUCUUUCUCCUCUACGCGGUAUUCAAGAUGGCCAACUUUUCCUACUCUUCAUUUGUCCGUCGAUCUUUUCUGCUGAAAGAAAAGACACUGCUCCUUAGUUAUGCUCGUCAUUUCAGUUGUACGGUAAAACGCAGAAAUCCUGAUAAUGAUUCAAAACCGGCAAGCUCACAUAGAGUACCAUCCUCAAUAUUUCAUGAUGAACUUGUGAGCAAGUUUGUCAACACAAUGAUGUAUGAUGGCAAAAAGUCAAUUUCACAAAGAAUAAUGCUCAAGACAUUUGAAUGCAUCAAGAAAAAACAACUUGUUUUAAAAUCAUCAACUAAGACAGAGGAGAUUCAAACUGAUCCUGUGGCCAUAUUUCAUGCAGCAAUGUCAAAUGCAAAGCCUGUUGUUGGUGUGCAAUCCAUCAAGAAAGCAGGAAAAACUUAUCAGGUUCCUACGCCAUUGACACCCAGCCGACAAAGAUUUCUAGCAAUGAAAUGGCUCAUUGCUGCAGCGCGAGACAAACCAGCUUCUAGAAAUGCUAAAAUGUACGAGAAACUUUGUCAGGAGCUACUGAAUGCGUACAAUAACGAGGGAACUGUGGUGCAGAAAAAACGAGAUCUUCACAAACUAGCUGAGAACAACCGAGCUUUCGCAAACUUCCGAUGGUGGUAGGGACAAAGUUUUAGAAAUAGCAUAGUGGAAGAAAAAUCUGUGUAUUUUGUGAACCGUGGCCACUGGCCACCAACCGCCCGCCCAUUGGGGAGCGAAGAAAAACAUUGACUGUCUAGGGUUUGCUUCUUUGGAUUUUUGCCUUGACUGCUUUUGUGGCACAAUGUAAAGUAAAAAAUAUUUAAUUCGACUUUGUGGAAUAGAAAUAUGCAGACAUCGGUAUUAUUUCACUUCGGAAACUGACCUGACCUCGGUCUGAAUGAUUCUGUUCCUGGCUCAGCCUCAUCCAAGAAUUCCUAAAGGUCAAGCACUGGUCGAAUUAAAUUUGCAUAAUCAUUUGUUGUCCACAAAAAUAAUGUCAGUCCUUACUAAUCAAGCGACCGAUUUGCUAUGCGUCUAUUGGAAAAGUGGAAUUAGGAGGAGAAAUUUUUUUCAAGUAGAGUUUUCAAUUCGAGACUUCAUCAUAUUAUGUGGUUAUAAUAAUUGAAAUUUUUACAUUCAAUCACAGAUAAUUGUGAAUAAAAUACGAUUUUCACAACAA